CUGAAGAAAGAGAAAAAAUACUUUCUUGUCUUCACGUGUGACGGACCUGGUUCUGCCUCAACCCUUCAGAUGCAGACGGACCUAUUGAUAAAUCAACAAUAUGGCAUCGAUCUUCAUUCCCCUUUAUAUCCUGGGUGUGGUUCUGAUCCUCCACAUAGUCAAAGCAGACGAGAUUGUUAAAACAGGGCCCAACAAGGAUGACUCCAUCCCCACUACCACCCUUACUAUCAUCCCCACUACCACCCUUACUAUCAUCCCCACUACCACCCUUACUACCACCCUUACUACCACCCUUACUACCACUGCUGCUCAUACCCCCUCAGCCAAUCAGAACAGUCCUACAGUUACUACCCUGGUCCAGCCAGACAGCCGUGACGCUAACCUUACCAACAACAUCACCGUCGGUAGAGAUGGCAACCAAUCCCAAGCCCAGAACGAAGAUGGGGGUAUUGGAACCUUGUUGGACGACGUGACAACGUUUGCCAUGGAAACGAUGUCAUCGGAGGCAAUCACCAGCCAAUCUGAGGAAUCUGAGGAAGUGGAUGACAAGACUACCACGACAUCAUCACCGGGCUAUGUAAUCCUGGUUCUCAUAUUGUUAGUCAUUGUGUGUCUGGUGGUGGUUCUCUAUAUCCUGAGGAAGAAGUCAAGGAAGUAUUCGUUUGACCUGCACCUUGCGGGAUACGACCACGACACCCCACUCACCUGCAUGGAACAAGCCGGAACCUUCGAACCCACUGGUAACCAUGAGAAAGCUGGAGGUUUUGAGUACGUGAUAGAGGGUGGUGGUGAUGACCACCAGGCUAUGAGCCCUGUAGCCAAUGGCUCAGCUGGGGAGGCGGGUCCACUGGAGAGAACGGAGAGAAGCAGGGUCAUGGUGAUAGUGAUGGUGAUGGCGACAGCUUCGACAACUUCUGUGACUGUGCGAUCACUCUGACUCCGCCCUUAAAGAGGGUGGGCUUUAGCCUGGACCUGGACCUGAGUGACAAGCAGUCGGACAAAUCAGACAACGGGGAGCAGAAUGGGAACAACAACAACGUUGCCAUGGAGAUGACCUCUGAGCCUCCAGGCCUGACCUUUGACCCUGUAGGUCCAGGUGACGUCUUCAUUGAAGUCAACCUGGAUAUAUAGAAGACACAUAUAGUGUUGUAAAAUUGUAAUGUUAUGUUGUGGUUGAUUUAGAGAUUAAUGUAAAAAGCUUCAAUUAACUUUUACUUCCCUAUUUUUUUAUAUAUUUUUUACGUUUUUCAUUCCGUAUGUUUUUUUGUAGUAUUUCAAGAUAAAAAAAAUGAAUGUUUAUUGUUUUUUUGUUAUUCAUUUUUAAUAAUGUUUUGCGCAUGAUAAUAAUCGCAGGAGAUGAUGCCAAGUCACACGGUGAUUGGUUUUGGAAUAAAACAUACUUUACAGAA